GUGGUGAUGGGGGUAUGUUGGUGGUUCAGGUGGUCUCUGACAGUAAUCGACCCGGAGUCCCUCUGGUGGAAGGUUCUGAAAAGAGCUCGGAAGUCCUGACACUGGAGGACCUCCUGGAGCUGCUGGGCCAGAAAGCUGAGGCACCCUGGGGUGUUUACCUGCGAAUCCACUCUCAGCAGCUUCUGGAAGCUUCUCUCACACGGCUGCACUCGGCCUACAGCCAGGAGAAGCUGUACAGGCCUGUGUGGGUCAGCAGGGAGGGUCCACUCAGCCCAGAUCACAACCAGGUAUUCGGCUUCUUGACUUCAGUUG